AGCGUGUUCUGUAAUCGGGUGCUCAUUGAGAGGCCGCGUUAAUAUAGUCCGAUAUCUACGAAGGAUUAAAAGGAUGAACAUGGAAGCAUUCCUGAACCCUAAAGAUUCUGCCAAGUUUAUAAUGGAGAACAGCCAAGACGUAUACGUGAAAGAAGAUGGUGGGCGGAAAGUUGCAGAGAUGUUGUUUGAUAAAGUCUUGGAAAAGGACUUCAGUGUUGCUGGAUGGAAGUCUUCUCAUGAACUGAAUCCUCAAGUAGUGAGUGAAGAUGCAGUGAACUGGGUUUUCCUUGUAGAUACACUCAAUUUCUCAUUUUGGUCUGAGUGUGAAGAUCAUAAAUGCCUGGUGAAAUAUAAAGGCAAAAUGUACAGUGGUUACUGGUCUCUUUGUGCUGCUGUCAACCGAGCACUUGAUGAAGGAAUACCCAUUACUAGCGCUUCGUAUUACACUACUAUGACAUUGGAGCAGGUGAGGCAUGUGUUUCGCUCAGACACCGAUGUCCCCAUGCCUUUGCUUGAGGAAAGGCAUCAUGUGCUACAUGAGACCGGGACAGUUCUUCUGGAGAAAUUUGGAGGCUCUUUCCUCACAUGUGUUAAGCAAAGUGGAAAAAGUGCUAAAAAAUUACUACAACUCAUUGUGGAAAAUUUCCCAUCAUUUAGGGAUGAGGCUACAUUUCAGGGUAAAAAGGUGGCUUUUUACAAACGGGCACAAAUCCUUGUUGCUGACACAUGGAGUGUAUUGGAGGGAAAAGGCGAUGGGUGCUUCAGUGACAUUUCCAGUGUGACUAUAUUUGCUGAUUAUAGGAUACCUCAGGUUCUUGUUCACCUAGGAGCCAUGAAAUAUUCUGAAGAACUAAUGAAAAAACUCAAGGAAGGGCACAUGUUCCAGUCUGGAGACAGACAAGAGGUGGAAAUUCGAGGUUGUUCUAUUUGGUGUUGUGAACUCAUUUGCAAUCACUUACUGGACCUUUAUAAAAAGAAAGGCGAGAACAUGAGUGAAAAAAUCAAUGCAGUUCUCCUUGAUUAUUAUCUGUGGGACUAUGCUCGGGAUCAUAGAGAAGACAUGAAAGGAAUUCCCUUUCACCGUGUACGUUGUAUAUACUACUAAUAUACUAUGAAGAGUACAGUUUCAAAAUUAUAGAUACCUUUUUUCUUGUAUACAUAUUUGAAACUUGCAAACUUUAAGCUGGGAGAAUUCCCAAUUUCCCCCUCUCCCUUCAUUCUGGACUUUUAUAAGCUAUUGUAGUGUAAACAUAUGUCCUGUCCAUUGUAUCACAGGAAAGGAAGUUUACUGUAAUGUUUCUAAUUUUCCAUACUGAUAGUUUGUUUGGCUGAUUACUUUGUUUCAACUUGUAUUAUUUCUAUAGUUACUAUACUAAAGUUGCUCUUAGCAUU